GAUUCAGUAGUGUCGAGUUAAAGAUGACUAAUUCUGUAUUAAUUUUAACACAACCUUUUUUUUUAGUGGGCUGGGGUGUUAUUUUGGAGAGAUUCUUCUUAUUAUUAAUUUAUUACAGUUUAUUUAGUAAGUGUGUAUCAUUACACUCAACUGUUUAGUCAAAGACGAACAUAAAACAUUUUGUCUUCAGUUUGUAUUCUUCUUCUCUUAUUAUUUAUUACACUCAACCUUGUAGUAUUAUUAUUAUAUUACACUAUGUAUCAUUCAACCUUUUUUCUUUUUAUAAAUUAUUUUUCUUAAAUGUAACUUUGCAUCUAGUUAAAGACUUUGUUACUUUUAACACUUGUAUUUUUUUAAUAUGAGUAUGUGUGUGAAUGUAGCAAACACUCGUUUUUUGGGGGGGGUAUGCAUUAUUUUAAGAGUAUAGCACAAAUAAUUAAAUGAUAUUGUAAUUUUAUUUGUAAAUAUAUACCAUUUGUAUAGUUAUUGUAUAACCUAGCAUUCUGGCAUUUCAUGUGAAAUACGUGACGUUUUUAUUACACCAGUUUUAUUUUUAUUUUAUUUUUUUUCGUAUUUCGUGCAGUUUAUAUUUUUUCCCCCCAUUUUUUUCACUCUGGGGCAAGUUGUUGAUACGAGUUGAUACUUGCGUUUUUAAUUCGGCAGCCGACUGAGUCAGUAAACCUAUUUUGUAUGGUGUUGACAUGUUCCUAAAAUGGAGAUGCUCAUAUGAGCAAACAGGAUCUUGAUAUAUCCGUAAGUCGUAUCCUCAUCUGGUGCAAGUUCAUUCCCUUAGACGAGGAUAAUCAAGCCAAUAAAAUCGUUUGCGUUUGAAAAAUAUCAGCUGUGUAAAAUACCUACCCCCCCAACCCCACCCAAACUCAUGUCCAUCAUUGUGUCUACAGGAGCCAGUUAUGGACCAGAAUCUUUUUGGAGGAGCUCCUCGGUUCCUGACCCGGCCCAAAGCGUUCUCCCUCAGUGUGGGUCGGGAUGCUACUCUCAGUUGCACCGUUGUGGGGACCCCUGUUCCUGCUGUCACCUGGGAAAAAGACAAACUGCGCAUUUCCACUGGAGGGCGCUUCAAAACUAUAGAGGAUGGGGAUGUGUAUCGGCUCACCAUCUAUGACCUGACGCUGGAGGACAGCGGGCAGUACAUGUGCCGCGCAAAGAAUAAUGUCGGAGAAGCUUACGCAGCUGUGACACUGAAGGUGGGUCUUCCAGCAACAUUGGUCGAUCGAGCACCCGUGUUCACGGCGAAGCCCGUCUCCACCAGAGUGGGUUUGGGCGGUGAUGUUACCUUCUUCUGUCGUGUGGCAGCUCACCCCGCUCCCAAAUUUGACUGGGAGAAGGACGGUCGUUAUCUAGGUGAGACCAAUCGCAUCAAGAUCACGUCGGACAGCGAGUCCAGCUCCGUGCGGAUUCAGGGCGUCAGGAAUAUGGACAGCGGCACUUAUACCUGCCGGGCUCAGAACUCCAUCGGUCGAGCGCAAGCUGGCGCCGCUCUGGUGGUGGACGCACAGGAUACUCGACUUCUCAACGCCGACAAAAGCACCUCCCUCCUGUCUCACCUGCAGAAGCGCAAAGAGGAGAUGUGUAAGGAUAUUUCCCUUUUCCGAACGACCGAGAGCCACUCCCUGACCUCCUCGUCUAAUAUCAUAGAAGGGCUUAGCAAGUCGGACCUUGCCUCCGAUCAGGAGCGGCGGGUCGUUGCUUUGGCUGGCAAACUGCCCAAAGGCGUCUUCACCCGAACCUGCAUGGUGACCGAGGGCAAGCACGCCAAGCUCAGCUGCUUUGUCACGGGCCACCCCAAACCCCAGAUCAUCUGGAGGAAGGAUGGUGUGAACAUCAGCGAGGGUCGUAGGCACACCAUGUAUGAGGACCAAGCAGAGAACUUCAUUCUCAAAGUACUGUACUGCAAGCAGAGUGAUAAUGGCCUCUAUACCUGCAACGCCUCCAACUUAGCUGGACAAACCUACAGCGCUGUUCUGGUGAUUGUGAAAGAGCCAACAGUGGCAUUUAAGAAGAAGCUGCAGGACGUGGAGGUGAAGGAGAAGGAGACGGCCAUGUUGUUGUGUGAGGUGCCCAUACCGAGCACUCAGGCGUCCUGGUUCAUGGAGGAGACUCGCCUGGAGCAGAAUGCGAAGUACCGCAUGGAGCAGGAGGGCACGCUGCGUCGCCUCACCAUCCACAACGUCACGACCAACGACGACGCCGUUUACAUCUGCGAAAUGAAGGAAGGGAGUCGCACUGUAGCUGAGCUCACUGUUCUGGGAAACAUCACCAAGAAGUUACCCAGGAGGACGGUCGUGCCGGUGAGCGAUACAGUGAUCUUCUGCGUGGAGCUCGAGCAGCCGGUUGAAGAUGCUUAUUGGACCCGGAAUGGAGAGAAGCUGAAGGAGGACUCCAGGGUCAUUAUUGCUCGCACGCUUCAACAGUACACGCUCACCAUCCGGGACUGCACUGCAGAAGACUCGGGCGAGGUGGCGUUCGUUGCCGGCGACUGCAAGACCUCCACGCGAUUCUCAGUAACUGCACCGAGGAAGUAUCCUCCAGAUCCCCCGGUCAAACCCAUUGUGUUGAACAAGACGGACAGCUCCAUCACUCUAAGCUGGUCUCGGGCAGACAGCGAGCGGCCCGUACCAGUCAACGGCUACGUGGUGGAGAGGAGGAAGGUCGGAGCUCAGACGUGGGUUCGAGUCACGGGAAUGGAGCUCGUGUCGACCAGCCAAUACACCAUCAGCAACUUCACCGAGGAGAGCAGCUACCAGUUCCGCAUUUCAGCCGUUAACAAUUUUGGUCAGAGCGCCUAUCUGGAGGUUCCUGGAACGUAUUAUCUCGAGCCGACCGCCUCGGUGACGUCAGGUCUGCAAAGCUGCACCGCCGUGUCUGGCGAGGAGGCCACCUUCAGCGUGGAGCUCUCCGCGGCGUGCUCUGGAAGUUGGACGCUGAACGGCCGACUGAUCCGCAGCGGCGCAGACUAUCUCAUCACUCGCUCGAAGACCGUUCACACGCUGGUGAUCAGGGAGGUGACCACGGCACUGGAUGGAGCUCAGGUCAAAUUCGUGGGUGGAGGUUCUGAAAGCGUCUGCUCUCUCAGUGUAAAAGCUGCUCCGGCACGUUUUACCAAGAAAUAUUCUGAAGUGGAGAUCUUCACGUUCAGCGCUCACUCCUCUGCCCAGCUGUACACGGAGGUCUCAGACGCCAGUGUCCAGGUCUCCUGGAUGAAGAACGGUAUGGAAUUGAGGAUGGGCAAAAAGUAUGAGGCGUCCAGUGUGGGAUGUAAACGCACGCUGACUAUUCAUAACGUGACUCAUGAGGAUGCAGGGAUGUAUGAGUGUGUGUGUGACGGUGAUAAGAUGUCCAUCCAGCUCGCUAUUAAAGAGGAAGCAGCGAAGUUUGUGAACAAGCCCAAGACUCAACCCCUGGAGGUUUCUCCAUUGAUGGGUGAUGUGGCAUUGAGUUGUGAGGUGGCGUCGCCUACAACUACUGUUGUGUGGAAGAAGGAGCAUAAAGAAAUUGCGGAGGACAACAGAGUGACCUUGGUGUCCCAGGGGACAGAGAGAAAGCUGGUUAUCAAAGGAGCCAAGCAGAGCGAUGAAGGACACUAUUCAUGUGAGACGGUAGAGGACAAGGUCACAUUCAGGGUCAAAAUACAAGAAACUCGAGCCAUGUUUAUCAACAAGGACACCUAUCAGAAGGAGGUGAAAGUUUCUGCCUCUCAGAAAGCCACGCUGAGCUGUGAAGUGUGCGACUCUAAGACCGAGGUGAAAUGGUAUAAAGACGGCAAACAGCUGAUCUCCAGUAAGACCGUCCACGUGGAGACGAAGGGCAAAAUCCGUCAACUGGUGUUGGACAGUGUGGAGAAGAAGGAUGCAGGAGAGUACACCUGUGAAGUUGGGAAUGAGAAGCUGGAUUUUAAGAUUCAUGUCACAGCCACCCCAAUAGAAACUCAAGCUCUAGCGACCUUCGUGAACAAGGACACCUAUCAGAAGGAGGUGAAAGUUUCUGCCUCUCAGAAAGCAACACUGAGCUGUGAAGUGUCCGACUCCAAAACCGAGGUGAAAUGGUAUAAAGACGGCAAACAUCUGAUGUCCAGUAAGACCGUCCACGUGGAGACGAAGGGCAAAAUCCGUCAACUGGUGUUGGACAGUGUGGAGAAGAAGGAUGCAGGAGAGUACACCUGUGAAGUUGGAAAUGAGAAGCUGGAUUUUAAGAUUCAUGUGACUGCUGCCCUAAAAGAAACUCAGGCUCAAGCGACCUUUGUGAACAAGGACACCUAUCAGAAGGAGGUGAAAGUUUCUGCCUCUCAGAAAGCCACACUGAGCUGUGAAGUGUCCGACUCCAAAACCGAGGUGAAAUGGUAUAAAGACGGCAAACAGCUGAUGUCCAGUAAGACCGUCCACGUGGAGACAAAGGGCAAAAUCCGUCAACUGGUGUUGGACAGUGUGGAGAAGACUGAUGCAGGAGAGUACACCUGUGAAGUUGGAAAUGAGAAGCUGCUCUUUAAGAUUCAGGUGGCAGAAACUCAAGCAGUUUUCAUCAACAAGGACACCUAUCAGAAGGAGGUGAAAGUUUCUGCCUCUCAGAAAGCCACGCUGAGCUGUGAAGUGUCCGACUCCAAGACAGAGGUGAAAUGGUAUAAAGACAGCAAACAGCUGAUGCCCAGUAAGACCAUCCACGUGGAGACGAAGGACAAAAUCCGUCAACUGGUGUUGGACAGUGUGGAGAAGAAGGAUGCAGGAGAGUACACCUGUGAAGUUGGGAAUGAGAAGCUGCUCUUUAAGAUUCAGGUGACAGAACCCCAAGCAGUUUUCAGCAACAAGGACACCUAUCAGAAGGAGGUGAAAGUUUCUGCCUCUCAGAAAGCCACGCUGAGCUGUGAAGUGUGCAACUCCAAAACUGAGGUGAAAUGGUAUAAAGACGGCAAACAGCUGAUGUCCAGUAAGACCGUCCACGUGGGGACGAAGGGCAAAAUCCGUCAACUGGUAUUGGACAGUGUGGAGAAGAAGGAUGCAGGAGAGUACACCUGUGAAGUUGGAAAUGAGAAGCUGCUCUUUAAGAUUCAGGUGACAGAAACUCAUGCCACUUUCACCAACAAGGACACCUAUCAGAAGGAGGUGAAAGUUUCUGCCUCUCAGAAAGCCACGCUGAGCUGUGAAGUGUCCGAUUCUAAAACCGAGGUGAAAUGGUAUAAAGACGGCAAACAGCUGGUCUCCAGUAAGACCGUCCACGUGGAGACGAAGGGCAAAAUCCGUCAACUGGUGUUGGACAGUGUGGAGAAGAAGGAUGCAGGAGAGUACACCUGUGAAGUUGGAAAUGAGAAGCUGGCUUUUAAGAUUCAGGUGGCAGAACCUCAAGCCACUUUCAUCAACAAGGACACCUAUCAGAAGGAGGUGAAAGUUUCUGCCUCUCAGAAAGCCACGCUGAGCUGUGAAGUGUGUGACUCCAAGACCGAGGUAAAAUGGUAUAACGACGGCAAACAGCUGAUCUCCAGUAAGACCGUCCACGUGGAGACGAAGGGCAAAAUCCGUCAACUGGUGUUGGACAGUGUGGAGAAGAAGGAUGCAGGAGAGUACACCUGUGAAGUUGGAAAUGAGAAGCUGGCCUUUAAGAUUCAGGUGACAGAACCUCAAGCCACUUUCAUCAACAAGGACACCUAUCAGAAGGAAGUGAAAGUUUCUGCCUCUCAGAAAGCCACGCUGAGCUGUGAAGUGUUCGACUCUAAGACCGAGGUGAAAUGGUAUAAAGACGGCAAACAGCUGAUCUCCAGUAAGACCGUCCACGUGGAGACGAAGGGCAAAAUCCGUCAACUGGUGUUGGACAGUGUGGAGAAGAAGGAUGCAGGAGAGUACACCUGUGAAGUUGGGAAUGAGAAGCUGCUCUUUAAGAUUCAGGUGGCAGAAUCUCAAGCCACUUUCAUCAACAAGGACACCUAUCAGAAGGAGGUGAAAGUUUCCGCCUCUCAGAAAGCCACGCUGAGCUGUGAAGUGUCCGAUUCUAAGACCGAGGUGAAAUGGUAUAAAGACGGCAAACAGCUGAUGUCCAGUAAGACCGUCCACGUGGAGACGAAGGACAAAAUCCGUCAACUGGUGUUGGACAGUGUGGAGAAGGAGGAUGCAGGAGAGUACACCUGUGAAGUUGGAAGUGAGAAGCUGGCUUUUAAGAUUCAGGUGGCAGACAUCUCUGCUAAAUUCCAAAAGAAACCCAGUACGAAGGAAACUAUAGCUGUGCAAGAAACCGAGAACAUUAUCCUAACGACUGUGGUAACAACAGAACAUGCUAAUGUUAGUUGGUUCAGGGACGGUGUACAGCUGAAGGAGGGUAAUAAGUACGAAAUGAAGAGAGAAGGUUCGUCUCAUGUCCUCAUCGUUAAGUCCUCUGAAGCAAAGGAUACCGGCACUUAUACGUGUCAGACAGCUGACGACAAGAUGGAAUUCCAAGUUCAGAUCAAAGAGUCUCCACUGAAAUUUGUGGUUGGCUUGGAGCCAGUAUCUGUUGUCCUUGGCAGCACCAUGACUUUGUCCUGCCAGCUAAACAGAGCUGCUGGAGAUGUCCUCUGGAGACACAACGGCAAAGAAAUGAAGCUUGGAGGCAGAUACGUCAUCCGUGCUGACGGUCCUCAACGUUUACUCACAGUGUCUUCUGUAGCCCAUGAAGAUGAAGGAGAGUACAGUUGCGAAUGCAGAGAUGACAAGACUACUGCUAAGGUCACCACUAAAGCUCCACGUCUGGUGAAGUUCGUGUCCAAGUUGAACAAUGUCGUGGCAAACGAAGGCAAGGAUGCGAUCUUUAAAUGUUGCGUCACUCCUGCGGACGUAAGCGUGAGAUGGCUGUAUAAUAACGUGCCUGUCGUCUCUGGGCCCAAAUUCAUGAUCGCUCACGGCGGCACCAGCCAUUCGCUCACGAUCACGGCGGUCACGUUAGAGGACGUGGGAGAAAUCAGUGUGGAUGCUGAAGGGAAAGUGUGUAAAGCGACUCUGCAAGUGCAAAAGCUCCCUGUUAUGUUCGUUAAGAAGCUUGAGAACAAAACGGUCCAAGAACAGGACACCGUGGAGCUUGAGGUGGAACUGAGUAGGCCGUCCACUGAGGUAAAGUGGAUGAAGAACGGCAUUGUGCUGCAGCCUGAAGGGAAUCUGACGAUUCAAGCUGACGGAGUUAAACAGACUCUGAUCUUUAAGAGUGUAACCUGCGCUGACCGAGGCUUCUACUCUUGUGAGACUCUGGAUGACAAGACUCAGGCCAAACUGACUGUAGAAAUGAAGAAGAUCCAGGUUGUUAAGGGCUUGAAAGAGAUGAAAGUCCACGAACAGGAGACGGCGACAAUGGAGGUUGAACUUAGCCAGCCUGAUGUGGAAGCCUUCUGGACCAAAGAUGGGCAAAAACUGAGAGCGAGUCCCAAAAUCCUCAUUACAGCUCUGGGUAAUAAACAUUCCUUGACCAUGUCCCAGCUGAAGAUGGAAGACAGUGGGAUGAUCUCUUUCCAGGCAGAAGGUGUCCACACGUCGGCAAAACUCAUCAUCACUGAACCUCCUGCAAAGAUCCUCAGACCAUUAGAAGAUGUGACUACUCCGGAAAAGGAGAAAGCCACCUUUGAGUGUGACGUGUCCCGAGUGAAUGCUGACGUGACGUGGUUUAAGAAUGAUGAGGAACUGAAACCAGGAAAGAGAUACAUGAUGCAUUCCCAAGGUCGGAAGCGUAGCCUCCUCAUCCAGAAGUGUACUUAUGAAGACCAAGGCGUGUACGUGUGCAAAACGACGGAUGACAACACAUCAGCCAAGCUAACCGUUCAUGCCCGUGACAUUAAGAUUAUUAAGCAGCUGCACGAUUUGGAAGUGACGGAGAAAGAGAGUGCGGCGUUUGUCUGUGAGGUGUCGCAUGACGAAGUGGAAGGUCAGUGGUUUAAAGAUGACGUCAGACUCAAAGCCGGGGACAACAUCAAGAUGAGACAGGAAGGGAGAACAUAUAUUCUACUCUUCAAAUCUGUGAAGCCUGAAGAUGCUGCUGAAAUCAAGUUCAUGGCUGAGAAGGCUUCAUCAGUCGCUAAGCUCACAGUCAAAGAAUUGCCUGUGAGAUUCGUGAAGAAACUCCGAGACAAAAUUGCCAUGUACAAGCACCGGGGACAUUUGGAGUGCCAGGUGUCUCGAGCCAGUGCCACGGUCACAUGGUAUAAGAACAAGGACAAGAUCCGAGCCAGUCAGAAGCACGUGAUCUCCAGCGAGGACGUGUAUCGCAAGCUGACCAUCACUGACGUGGACUCUGGGGAUGAAGCCACGUACACGUGCGACGCUGUCGAUGAAAAGACAUCAUGCAAGCUACUCGUGGAGGAGCAGGCCAUCAGCAUCGUCAAGGAGCUCAGCGCAGUGGAAGUGACGGAACCGUUCGCGGCUCACUUCGAGGUUGAGGUCAGCGUGGAAACGGUCAAGCCGGUCAAGUGGGCCCUGAACGGAGAAAGUCUGAGCGAGAGCAGCGAUAUUGAGCUCGAGAAGGAAGGCACAAUGCAUCGCCUUACGUUUAAGAAGACCAAGGCUUCCAUGUCAGGAACAGUGCAGUUCACAGCUGGGAAAAGCAAAUCCACGGCUCGGCUCAUCGUGAAAGAGCGCCCCAUCGAGGUGGUCGAGCCCCUCAGAAACGUGACCGGCCAAGAAAAGGCUUCAGCCAAGCUGUCAUGCAGGCUAUCGGCUGUUCCUAAAGAAGUGUCUUGGUUUAAGGGUCAAACUGCUCUGGAGGAAUCCAGCAAGUAUAUUAUGAAACAAAAUGGUGCUGAAGUGCAGCUGCUCAUCCAGGUGCUGAGUCCAGAUGAUGCUGGAGAGUAUCGCUGUCAGACUGGGACCUGUGAGACCAAAGCAACACUCACUGUUGAAGUGCGUGACGUUCGGAUCACCAAGCGCUUGACGGAUGUGGAGGUCGAUGAAGGCGGGGAUGCUGUGUUUACCUGCGAGGUGAAUUAUGCUGACGAGGAAGCCGAGUGGUUCCUCAACGACAAGCCGCUGUUCAGUAAUGAGGUUAACGUCAUCCAGCACGUGAAUAAGACGCAUACCAUCACUCUCAAGAACCUGGCACCUCAAGAUGGUGGGAUGAUCACCUUCAAGAUUAGGGAACAGAAGCAGACAGUCUGCCUGAAUGUAAAAGAAAAGAAAGCCGUCUUCCUUAAGUUGUUAGACGACGUGAUCGGAGAAGAAAAGGGCAUUGUAACGCUGAAAUGUGAAGCCUCAAAACACACAGUGUCCCCUGUUUGGCGGAAAGAUGGUGCCGUCCUUUCUGCGGACAGCAAGCAUGAGCUUUUGCAUGACGGCAGAAUCCUGGGUCUGACAAUCCGGGACAUCGCGCAGGCGGACGCCGGAGAGUACAGCUGUGAUCUUGGUACAGAUGUUACGAAAUCAAAGGUCACCAUUAGAGAAAUCAGCAUCGGCAUCACAAAACGCUUGAAGUCAGUGGAGGCUAAAGCGGGUGAGACCUGCGUGUUCGAGUGCAUUCUCUCUCGAGAAAGCUCGGACACGUGCUCAUGGAGCCUGAAAGGCCAACACGUGACGAGCGGAGGGCGUUUCCAGAUUAGCAGCAAAGGGCGCAAGCACACGCUUAGCAUCCAAGGAGUGACUGGGUCAGACUCGGGGGAGGUCAUUUUCACUCUCAAGGAUUUGAACUCGAGAGCGACGUUGUCUGUGGAAGGUGAAGUUCCUACCUUCUCUAAAGAGCUCCAGGGUGUUAGCGUUGCUCCUGGAGAAGAUGCUACAUUCCUCUGUGAGCUCUCUCUGGCCGGCUUGGAUGUUGUUUGGUGGAAGAACGGAAAGACGAUCCAGAAAAGCCUAAAGUAUGAGAUUAUUCAGGAAAAUAAGGUGGUGAAGCUGAUUGUUCACAGUGUUACUGCCAAGGAUUCUGGAGAAUACGGCUGCGAGGUGACCGGUGGACCGACAUCGAAAGCUCAUCUGGAAAUCAAAGAGCCUGUGAACAAGUUCAUCCGUGAGCUCAAAGAUCUCACCGCGCAUGAAAAAGGUGCCGUCAGUUUCGAAUGUGAAACCGCACAACCGGCUUCCAAAGUCACCUGGCUGAAAGGCGUGAAGGAGAUCAAGGCAGGGAGAAAGUAUCAGAUGACGCAGAAGGAAAGAAUCCUCAUUCUCACGGUGAAAGAUUUGGAGGAGGCUGACGGUGAUACGUACUCGUGCAAUAUAGACACUGCCAAGAGCACCGCCAAGCUGACUGUUCAAGUUCUUCCAGCCAUUUUCACUCAGGAGUUGAAGGACCAGAAGGCUAUGGAGAAGGGAAGUGUCACCUGGUGCUGCGAGCUGUCUAAACCAGGUAUACCGGUUCAGUGGCGCAAGGGGGAAGUAGACCUUUGUUCUUGCACCAAGUAUGAAUUCCGGCAAGACGGCCACCUCGUCCAGUUGAUCAUCCACGACCUUGACCCUGAAGACUCUGGAGUCUACACCUGCGAUAGUGGAGAUCAGAAAACGACAGCACACCUAGAAGUAAAGGCACUACCCAUUCUGUUUAAAACCCCUCUGAAAAAGCUGGAAGCCGAAGCCGGGGAAACGGCCGUAUUCCGGUGUGAACUUACCAAACCGGGAGCACCUGUAGUAUGGAGAAAAGAUCAAAAGAUUCUACAGUCGAGCAACAAACACCAGUUAAGGCAGGAUGGAGCUGUAGUCGAGCUAGUCAUCUACAAGCUACAGGAAGCAGACUCGGGAGAGUAUUCCUGUGAUUCAGGGUAUGAAAUGACAUCUGCCCAACUCACGGUAAAGGAACCCGACAUUACUAUCGACACCGAGCUGAAGAGCUGCAUCGUUAACGAAGGAGACGAUGUGUCCUUUGAGUGCUUCGUAUCUCACGACGGCGCCCAGAACGUGAAGUGGGAACUUCAGGGCGUUCCUCUCCAGAGCAACGAGAUGAACGUAAUCCAAGCGGAAGGCAAGAGGCACUUGCUCACUCUAAGGAGCGUGACCGAGAAAGACUCGGGCACCGUGUCCUUCCAUGUGGGGAGCCAUACUUCGUUCGCUUGUCUCACGGUUAAAGCUGUCCCUGUGCUGAAGUUUACAAAAGACUUGAUGAACCAGGAAGCCACAGAAGGAGAUAAAGUUACGUUAUCCUGUGAAACGUCAACCCCCGACGCCCUUGUGACCUGGAAGAAGGACCGAAAAGUCAUUUCUGAAGGAGACAAGUAUUCCAUUCAGAAGAACGGUACAAUCCAGACUCUGGUGAUCUGCAAGCUAACGGUUGGCGAUGCUGGAGAAUACGUGUGUGAAGUCGGAGAGAAACAAAGCAAAGCCACUUUGAGUGUCAAAGAACAUGUACGAAUUACAAGGAAACUUAAGGACGUAACCGUGACGACCGGCGAGGAUGCUGCAUUCGAUUGCGAGGUGUCCAAGACAGGAGUAACUAAUGCCGAAUGGUGGCUAGGCUUCAAUCACCUGCAAAACAAUGACUUGAAUCAGAUAAGCAGCCGAGGGAGGGAACACAGCCUAGUGUUAAAAAUGGUCACGCCUGAUGAUUCGGGUGACGUGGCCUUUGUGGUUGGCUGUGAGAGGACUGUUGCUUCCUUGGUGGUGAAGGAGAAACCCAAAGAAACCCCGGCCUUCUUCCGCAAGGAGUUGGCGAACGUAGACGCUGUAGAAGGUGACACGGUUACACUCCGCUGUGAACUUUCUAAGCCCGGCGUCAGCGUGGAGUGGCGUAAAGGUGGAGUAGUCCUGCAACCCAAUAAGAAGUUUCAGCUGAAGCAAGAGGCAUGCGUACAAGAGCUUCACAUACACGACCUGAAACCGGAGGACAGUGGCUAUUACACUUGUGACGCAGGAAAUCAGUUAACGACGGCUUCGGUUUCAGUGCAAGAGGCUGAGGUGCUCAUAGUGUCUGGUAUAAAAAGCACUGAUGUCUUUGCGGGAGAGCAGGCAGUGUUCUCCUGCCAGCUGUCUCGCCGUGCCAAAGGGAGAGUCCAGUGGUGGCUGGAUGGCACCCGUUUGGAGAACAGUCCCUUCAGUGUUAUUGGGGUGGGUGAAGACAAUAUUCACACCCUCACCCUAAAGAAUCUGGCACCAAAUGACUCGGGCACCGUCCUGUUCAAAACGGGAAGCUUGACGUCCUCGGCUAGGCUGUUAGUUAAAGAUCCUACUGUGGAGGUAGUCAGUGCCAUGGAGGAUAUCAACAUAGCAGAGAACCAGCCUGCAGAGUUCAUCUGCCAGUUCUCACGCCCAGUCAGGGCCAUAUGGAAGCGAAACGGGCAACCCGUGCAGCCUGACGGCCAGAGGCUUAUAGUGGAGCAAGACUGGACUGUAGCGCGGUUGUACAUUAGCCGGGUAACCGCACAGGAUGUGGGUGUAUACUCCUGUGAGGCAGAAGGGACCUGUAUUGAGGCACACCUGAGGGUGCAAGCGAAACCCAUUGAGAUCAUUCAAGGUCUGGAUAACGUGGAGACAAUUGAAGGUGGUGAGGCACUUUUCGAGUGCUCCCUAUCUCUCCCCGAGUCUAAAGAUUGCCGGUGGUUGGUUGAUGGACAACCUGUGAAGGAGUCUGCAAAAGUGGAAAUCGUUUGCUUCGAGAAUGGUCGACGCCAUCUUUUGCUGCUGAAGGACUUGAGAGCUGGUGACAACUCGACAGUAACCUUUCAGGCUGGCACUGCCUCCAGCUCUGCCCUUCUCUCAGUCAAAGGGUUGGAGCUGGAAGUGGUGAAACCCUUGGAGGACAAGACUGUUGUUGUUGGUGAGCAAGCAGAGUUCACUUGCGUCCUGAGUGAGCCCGUACCAGAGAAAGACGUGAACUGGUAUGCUAAUGGUUCUGAACUACGGCCAGAUGACAUUUGGGCGAUGAAGAAUAACGGAUGUGCGUGCACCCUCAUUCUGAAAAAAGCCCAAGUCCGGUCACCACUGGAGAUCACGUUUGCUGCUCAGGAUGCCAUUUCAGUGGCCAAGCUAAUGACUAUUGCCGUACCUGACCCCCCUGAGGAUCCCGAGCUGGUCACUAAGGGACCAACUUCAGUGACUCUGUCCUGGUUCACACCUCUCAAUGAUGGUGGAAGCCCAAUCCUGGGAUACCGUGUGGAAAUGCGGCGAGUGGAUAGUGCUCUCUGGCAGCCCUGCCAUACAGAACCAGUGUGCAAUACUGAGUUUACGGUGGAAAAUCUUGUCUCUGGCUCUGGAUACAGGUUCCGUGUGGCAGCUAUUAACCGUGCAGGGAUUGGAGACUCUGUCCAGCUUCCACAAACUGUUACAUUGGAUGCACCGGUGACCAUUGCCAAGAAGUUAAACGUGUCUGAGCUCAGAAAGGGUAAGAUUGCCCGUCUGGAGUGCGAGCUUUCAUCUGAGAGUAAGCAGGUCAUCUGGCAAAAAGACCAUCAGGAGAUUGAGAUCGGUGCCAAAUACCAGAUGGUAACAGAGGGCAAAUCCCAAAUUUUGCUCAUUAAGGAUUUCCAGCCUGCUGACCAGGGGGUCUAUACUUGUGUGGCCUCAGAAGAGGUGGAAACCUCGAUAAACCUCGACCUUGAAGAAGAUCGCACUGUGAUACCCCAGCCCGAGGAAGGUGGCCAGCCUGGCUUGCCCCCUGAGGCUGCCUCCGAGGGAGAUCUGCAUGUUUUAUGGGAUGCUCUGGCCAAGAAGAGGAGGAUGAGCAGGGAACCCACACUGGACUCCAUAUCUGAGCUGCCAGAAGAAGAUGGUAAAGACAAGACACAAGAUCUGGAGGGUAAAGGCGUGGGGAAAGCGCAGAUCAAAGAGAAAGAGAAGCCCAUCGAAAUCAAACCAGAGCUGCAACUGUAUACCAGUUCUGAAGACGAGUCCGUUAGUGGAAGUCUGGUGUCUUACCUUAAAAAAAGCAGCAAAUCCUCUGUCACGGUGAUGAGCGAAAGUGAAACCGUUGCAUCCCAGAAGUUUUACGAACAUUUUCAAAUGACCGAGAAAACAGUGCAGCAGACCACAGCAGCACCGCCGCUUGAGAUUGCGAAGGAUGACGACAGGGAUGAGCUGCAGGAGGCAGCCAUCAAAAUCCAAGCUGCCUUCAAAGGCUUCAAAGCCAGAAAGGACAUGCGACCUGCCUUUAAAGAGGUCUUUAAGGACCAGAACAAAGAACCAAAUAUGACAAUUCAUCUCGAGUGUAUUGCAGACGGCAAGCCAGACAAAGUUCGCUGGCUGAAGGACGGCAAACCGUUGGUAGAUGGCAAACACCACCACAUCGACAUAUACAACGAUGGAACUUGUUCUCUGAUUGUGCCAGCUGCUACGACUAACGACACUGGGGUGUACACUUGUGAGGUCACGAAUAAGUUUGGGGUUGCGUCCCACAGUGGAAAAGUCGUCGUUGGCUCUGUGCGAGAGUCAUCAGGACGUCGUCCGCUAACUCUCGGAUAUAGUGCAGACAGUGAGCCUGAGAGCUCCGGCAGCGAGAUGGACGAGUCUUUACGACAGGCGAGCAGGAGGCUCCAGAAGCUGCUUCGUACACGUCUUCCACCGAACGUCGAGGAGGAACCGUUCGUAAGUGCCGACGAGGGUGACCUACCGCCUCCGGAUCCUCAUUCGUACCGCGAAGACGACAGCUACAUCUACAUCCGCUUUGACACACGCAGUGAAGCUCAGGUUGCAUCCCAGCGAUUCCAGGAGAUGUUUACACACCAAGGUGUGCCUGUAGACACCACUAUUAUCGAAAUCGGAACCAAGAUAGAACUUCGCAUCAAGAAGAUGGGAUCCACCCAAGAUGGUUCCCAAACCCCGACUAAAGAAAAGCCGGUUUUCAUGUCGGGACCACUCGCAGCCCCAGUCUUCCUGACACAGCUCCAAAACCAGGAAGUCCCAGACGGAUACCCGGUCAACUUUGACUGUGUGAUCAUCGGCAAACCCUCCCCCAGCAUACGGUGGUUCAAAGACGGGAAAGUGCUACACGAAGAUGACCAUUAUAUGAUCAACGAAGACCAGGAGGGCUGCCAUCAAUUGAUCAUUACAACUGUACGGCCAUCCGACAUGGGCGUGUACAGAUGUGUGGCUGAAAAUGACAGUGGCAUUGCAUCCAGCAAGGCGGAGCUUAGGGUGGAAAUGUCUUGCAGCUCUGACUACGACACCGCAGCCGACGCCACAGAAACGUCUUCGUAUAUUAGUGCUAAAGAUUACGUCUCCAGUUCUGAGCACAGAGACACUGAGGCGUUCGAAUCGGUGGUGGAGGACGAACAGCUUCCUCAAGUGGUGGAUGAGUUGCAUGACCUCUUUCUCAGUCCCGGAGCGCCCAAUGCCAAGAUGAGCGUCAGAAUCAAAGGAUUCCCCACACCAAAAGUUUACUGGUUCAAGGACGGCGUGGCACUGUCGGCCACGGACAGGGUUUUGCUGUCGGCCGAGAGAGACGUGUUCAGUCUGGAGAUCGUGGAGGUGAAGCGUGAAGAUAGCGGCGAGUAUUCCGUCUACGUCAGCAACGCAGCCGGAGCUGCCUACUCCUCCGCACGCAUGGUCGUGCUCAGUCCAGGCGAUCGCAUACCUGAGACUCUGAAGAUUAGAGACUCCAAAGAACCUCUGGUACCGCCACGUUUUCUGGAGAAGUUCUGCAACCGGACGGUGAAGCAAGGAGCGAGCAUCACGCUGUCUGUCAAAGUAGAAGGCUCCCCGACUCCCUGUGUGAACUGGCUGAAGGAAGAAGCGCUGAAGGAUUUGUUGUGGAUUAAAGCAGACACGCCCGGAUACAAGAUCGCCAGCUCUGGCUCCCAGCACAGCCUCAUCCUGAUGGAUGUCGGGAAGGAGCACAGCGGCAGCUACACCUGCAUCGCCAGCAACCGCGCCGGCCAGUCGGUCAACACCGCCCGCCUGGACGUGGACCAAGGUGUGACCGCUCUCCCAACUCUACAGCAGAGCGGCGUUACGCCAGAGAUUUGUGGGAUUACAGUCAGCCCUCCAGAGGAAGAAGGCAAAGGAGAGCCGAAACUGCCUUACCUGGCUGGCGUCGAUACCGCAGAUUUCUUACAGAAGCUCACGUCGCACAUCACCGAGAUGGUCUCUGCCAAGAUCACGCAAGCCUCAUUACGCGUGCCUGGAGGCGACAGCGACGACGAGACCAAGACUCCAUCUCCCUACCACGGCCGCUCGCGUCCCGCUUCCCUGAUCACCGACUCGUCCUCCGAAUCCGACGAGGGUGAAGCCCGAGGAGAGAUGUUUGACAUCUACGUCGCGACGGCGGAUUAUAACCCCACGGGACUGAGUAAAGAGAGCAUCGCUCUAAAGGAGGGGCAGUACGUGGAGGUCCUGGACUCGGCUCAUCCGCUCAAAUGGCUCGUGCGCACUAAACCCACCAAAACCACACCCUCGCGUCAGGGCUGGGUCUCUCCAGCGUACCUCGACAAGAAGUUGAAGAUUUCUGCAGAUACAUCGGAAGUUCCCGAGACCACAGGAGAGGAGGUCACUGAGGGAGAGUACAAAAGGAAGCUCUGCCAACUCAUCCAGGAGCUCAUUACCAGUGAGAAGGAGUUUAUAAAGGAGGUGGGCUUCGUUACGUCGCACCAUCUGAAGCACGUCGACGAGGAGAGCACACCGCCUGAAAUCCGCAGUCGCAAGGAGACCAUCUUCUGCAACAUUAGCGACAUCAGUGCGUUCCACAGCAGCUCUUUUCUCCCUGGGCUACAAGAGUGUGACACGGAUGACGAUAUAGCCAUGCACUUCAUAAAAAACACAGAAGGAUUUGAGAACUAUCUGCCGUACUUUGUCGGUCAGGCUAAGGCCAAGGCUACCAUCAGUGAGAAAGAUGUUCAGCAGUAUUUCAAGAAAUACACGGAUUCAGAGCUGGCGAAUGUGGAUCCUGCAGAAGGUCCGGUACUGAGUGUGAAUAAUUAUCUUCAGAGACCUCUGGACAGAAUCCAGAAAUACAAGGACCUCUUAAAGGAGUUGAUUAAAAACAAGGCGAGGAAUGGACAGAACUGCUGUCUUCUAGAAGAGGCCUACGCCAUGGUUUCUUCUCUUCCCACACGCUCUGAAAACACGCAUCACGUCUCCCUGAUUGCGAACUACCCUGCUAACCUGGAAGCGUUAGGAGAGCCCAUCAGACAGGGUCCUUUCAUAGUGUGGGAGGGCGCUCCAGGAAUCAGAACGUCUUCGAGAGGACAUCACCGUCACGUCUUCCUCUUCAAAAACUACGUCGUCAUCUGCAAACAGAAACGAGACACGGACAUGGACGUCCAAACGUACACGUUCAAGAAUAUGAUGAAGCUCACCAACAUUGACGUGAACGAGACUGUGGAAGGAGACGAGAGGGCGUUCGAGAUCUGGCACGAGCGUGAGGACUCGGUGAGGAAGUACACGCUGCAAGCACGCACAGUCAUUCUGAAGAACUCCUGGCUCCGUGAUCUGCGCAACCUCCAACAACGCUACAGCAUGCCAGCGUGGAGUCCACCUGAUUUUGAGGCAGUGUUGACUGACUGCACAGCAGAACUGGGACAGACGGUUAAACUGGCUUGCAAGGUCACGGGAUCUCCGAAACCCAUAGUGGCCUGGUUUAAAGACGGCCGGGCCGUGGAGGUCGACCCUCACCACAUCAUCAUCGAGGACCCCGACGGUUCCUGCACCCUCAUCCUGGAUAACAUGACUGCAGAUGACUCUGGCCAGUACAUGUGCUUCGCCACCAGCGGUGCUGGAAACGCCAGCACCCUGGGCAAGAUUACAGUCCAGGUACCGCCACGCUUUGUCCACAAGUUGAGGAACGCCGCGUUCGUCGCAGGAGAGGACGCUCAGUUCACUUGCACAAUCAUAAGUGCUCCAAGUCCAAAAAUAAGGUGGUUUAAAGAGGGCAGACUGCUAGCGGACCAGGAGAAGUAUCAGACUUACAGCGAACCACGUAGCGGCGUGGUGGUUUUCGUGAUUAAGAACCCCGGAGAGAAAGACCUGGGGCGUUAUGAAUGCGAGCUUUCUAACCGGCUGGGCAGCGUGAGGUGUGCGGCAGAGCUGGUCCUUCCUACGUUAGCGAUGGCCGGAGGAGAGCAGGCCAUCAGGAUUGAAGUUACAGAGCAAGAGACUAAAGUACCAAAGAAAACCAUAAUCAUAGAGGAGACCAUCACGACUGUCGUGAAGAACACUCGAAUGAAGCGCCACGCGUCUCCCCGCCCGUCCUCCAUGGGAGUUUACCGCUCCGAAGCCUCCACUUCUGAACCGCCGCGACAGAAGAGGACAAUGUCUAAAAAAGCCGUCCCCACUCUGUACGUCACGGAACCCGAGGGGACUGCAGCCAGGAACCCGAAAUGGGUCGAAGUGGAAGAGAUUAUCGAGUAUAAAGUGAACAAGUCGCCAAAGCUGCCGAGGAGACGAGGUGCUUCCCCCGGCAGGAGACAGCCACCUGAUAACCCUAACGUGAACAACUCGAACAACAAGUUAGUGGAGGAAAUGCAAGUGUCCGGGGCUAGCGUGGACUCGCAAACUUUCUCUUGGGACGGCGAGUCCGAAACAGCGAGUUUGGAUUCUCCAGAAGUGGAAGUUGUGGAUUUCGAUCAGCCGUGUGUCUUGAUGGAAAUCUGUGACACGGACACUGAUGAUGAUGAUCAGGCAGCCGUAUGCGAGGACUUCAGCGAUGACAUCUUAGACGACGGGAAUAAAGUGUUCACCCUGGAAGACCUGGAGGAUUACGUUCCCAAAGAGGGCGAGACAUUUGGUUGUGGAGAUUCUCACGUACCUGCGGAGAGGCCGGUUGAAAUUUCGGUUCUACAAACGGAAAUUAACGAACCCACCGUCGGUCGACCCGUCCUGCUAAACCUGGGCCGUCCGCUUUUGCCAACCCCGAAAGUACGUCCUGGGUUCUUCAGUCGCUUUAAAGAGCACUUCUCGAACGUCUUUUCCGACCCCUCAUCAGCUGGGGAGAAGUUUAUACCGAUCCGUGUCAGCGGGGUGUCCUACAGCCAGUCUGCGUCCGCUCCCGGAUCGUCGACGAGUCACGGAAAGGUGGAAGUAACUCAAAGGUACUGCUCCGAGGUUCAGCGAGGGACGGCUGGCGGCCAGCAGAGCUUCAAAGCUCAAAUCUCUGCACCAGUUGGACAACCGGUUACAGUUCCGAUCCCCAAGAUGAACCAGUCUGGAAAGCCGUAACCAAGACGAAACCAUCGACAUGCAGAAUAUAGAUACGAAAUCAAUGCACCCGUCUUGUCUUAAAACCCCUGUCGUCUUUUCCUAACUACUUUCUUAUGUCUAGCUAUACAGUAGCUUUUGUCGUGAAUUUACUUUCCACUACAACGGAAAGAACCACGUUGGUCUCGAUACUCCAUGAGCGGUUCGAGUCGGACAGGAACGUACAGUAUAUGAGGAGGGUGACGACGGGUAACUCCAGACCGUUUUUUGCACAAAUGUUUUCUCAUUUUAACAAACCCUUCAGAAACCUGUACAACUUCCUGCUUCCUUCCUUUUCUAGCGCUAGCACCAUCAAGGUUUUGCUCGAUGGAAAAACAUAGCUAAUUUCCCUCAAACAUUUCCCUGACAUGUUUUGUUUAAAUUAGCAAAUAGCAAACGUUUUGCUAAUGUUACUAGGAAGCGUUUACAUUCACGUAUGUAGAACAGAAAAGCCUGAUUAGAGAACACUUUUCUAGCUAACACUGAUGCACCUUUUUUUUUUUUUUUUUUGUUUUGGCAUAGUAUAUAUUUAUUAGAUAUAUUUUUCAUAAAUUUAGCCUCUGAUAAUGCUUAUUAAGUGACAUCCAUGUGUCGGCAAAGGCUUUUAAGUUGAACGUCUUCACUGAAGAGUAACGUGCAAAUGGGAUCAUUCCGUAUUUUCCAGACAGUCCCAAACAGCCCUCACAGCAGGGCGACCAGGGGCAGAAACUGAAUAAGACACACUGAGAAUGGGAUUGAGGCUUGGAAAGUUAAUCCUGUGUACACAACAAAGUUUAUCUAACGUGUCCUGGCAUAUUCUACCAAACAGCCAGAAUUACAAAGUAUUACCGUUGAUGCUUUCUCUUUAAAAUGGAACAUGACAAGACCAACAGUGCCAAGUUAAGUAAAUAAGGCUCAGUUUAACUAUUAGAAAGUUAUUGGGAACGAUUCAUGCUCUGAAUUACACAAAUAAUUUUUAAGAGGAGUCUGUAAUCUGUAAUCUACUUCACAGUGCAUGAUUUGACCGAGUGUCCAAAUGCAUUACUAUAACACAUUCAUGAAUGUGUAAGUGUAUUCACGUGUGGUAUAAUCUUUUGUGCAGCACAGAGAGUUUUAUUCAGUUGACGUAUAGGUUUAGUACAAAGAAAUAAUAAUAAGAAGAAGAGUCGUCACAUUCUCUUGGCAUGAGUGGUGUUUAUAAAUUCUAGAAAUCCUAUAGCGUUAUCUUUCUUCCGUCUGUAGUAUGUUUACAGAACUGGUGUUGGAUGCACUAGAUGAUGCGUUUUCUGAAAUACAGCUACAGAGGAAUUGUGUUUAACCGAAUACGUGUUGGGGUGUGUGUGAGUGAAAAUUAAAAACACCUAGCGUAAAUGACUGUAAAUGAGAACUUCUAAAUCACAAUAAAUAAAUAAAUAAGUGUGUCCUGCUAAGUAUUACUCAAUUAAAGUGUAUUUCUCCUUUCAUGACGUAUUUGAAUUACACGUUUUUGCAAGAGAAGUGCUCGUGUAAGUGUUGCGGGAAGCGAGGUAGGUCCUACAAGUCGUGGUUCCCAACACAUCCUUUGCUACAAGAUGGACGAGAUGCAGCAGGACUGAAAGAGGAGUUGGUCGCUUUAACGUGGGUCGUCAUGAAGAACUUUGAGCGUCUGAUCCUGGUCCGGUUGGAGUCUUUUACAGGCCGCUACUUCCUGAAUUUUGUUCAUGGGAAAAUAAAAAAAUGACACGGGUGUUAUUAUUAUUAUGAUUCAUGGUGCAGACUGAGACAUGUCGAUAAAACAAAGUGAAAUAACGUUACAGACCCACAACGUAUACAAAGUUAUAUUAUAGAGGAAUGACAAUUAAAACCCACUUGACUUGAGCAAUUUGGUCAGCAGCCAUAAUAAAUACUCUUUAGUUGGUCAAUACAGUGGUUCCUAUUUGGAGUUGUCCUUAUGUCUUAAUAAUGAUAAUGUUUAUGAGGUCAGUAAAUUGGUCAAGGGUGUCUUUAAAGUUGAAUUCUCAAGACAACCUGGUGUGGGUCUGUCCAUUAAACCAUUUUGGCCCCUAGAAGGAAAUACUUGUCCACACAACUGGUUAGAUGAUGAUAAUUUUCUAUAGCUGCAGCCAGGAUUGUUUAAAACAUUGUAUUUCCUUUUACAUGUGGCAGGCUUAAAGCUUCCUGGGAAGUUAAUUUACUCUUUAUGGGAGGAGUCUCCAGUGUUGGAGUCUUGUAACCAUUAUAGGUACAGCUGUGGUUAUGUGGUCUGAUUAUACCCACAAUAUACUGCAUCUACAUAGUCACAUUUAUACACAUCAUAUACAGACACCUCAUCAGUCAUAUUUACAGAUACCAUCAUUAGACACAUUUGUACACACAUCAUCAUCAGUCUUAUUUACAUAUAUUAC